AUGAAAGAGAUGGAAAACAGAAAUGGUGCACAAGGAGCUCCCAAGGGAAAGACUAACCCUGGCAAAGCUACAAUUUUGGCUCUUGGGAAGGCAUUCCCUCCUCAACUUGUUCUUCAAGACUACCUAGUCGACGGCUAUUUCAAGGACACAAGCUGCGAUGAUAUUGACCUCAAGCAGAAACUCACUCGACUAUGCAAGACAACAACAGUAAAAACUAGAUACGUGGUGAUGUCGGAAGAGAUCUUGAAGAAGUACCCAGAGCUAGCAAAGGAAGGUCAACCGACCAUAAAGCAGAGACUGGAGAUUUGCAACAAAGCUGUGACAGAAAUGGCCAUUGAAGCCUCACAAGCUGCCAUUAACAACUGGGGAAGGUCAGUUCUAGACAUUACCCACUUAGUCUAUGUUUCUUCAAGUGAAGCUCGCUUGCCUGGUGGCGAUCUCUUCCUAGCAAGGGGCCUUGGACUCAGCCCUCAAACCCAACGAGUCAUGCUUUACUUCACGGGUUGCUCGGGAGGUGUGGCAGGCCUUAGAGUCGCUAAAGACUUAGCUGAAAACAACCCAGGAAGUCGAGUCCUGCUUGUCACCUCUGAAACCACCAUUAUCGGCUUCAAGCCACCGAGUGCAAAUCGUCCAUACGAUCUCGUAGGCGUGGCACUAUUUGGGGAUGGUGCAGGGGCGAUGCUAAUUGGGAGAGACCCUUUUUUGGGCAUUGAACGACCACUCUUUGAACUCCACACGACAACCCAGAAAUUCAUUCCGGAUACUCAGAACAUUAUCGAUGGGAAGCUGUCGGAGGAAGGUAUUAGUUUCACAAUAACAAGAGAACUUCCCCAGAUAAUUGAAGAUAACAUCGAAAGUUUCUGUGAGACAUUUCUUCAAACACUUGGGUUGCAUGAGAAAGAAUACAACAAAAUGUUCUGGGCUGUACAUCCAGGUGGGCCAGCGAUAUUGAACAGAUUGGAGAAGAGGCUUGAACUGUUACCUGAGAAGCUGACAGCGAGCCGACGAGCUCUGAUGGACUAUGGAAAUGCGAGUAGUAACACGAUCGUGUACGUACUGGAAUACAUGAUGGAAGAAAGCUUGAAAAUGAAGAUGGAUGGUAGGAAGACUGAGGAAUGGGGAUUGAUUCUGGCGUUUGGACCUGGGAUUUCAUUUGAAGGGAUUCUGGCGAGAAAUCUUGCCGUAUGAGAAAACUUAUAGAGCCGAUGCUUAUGAUGAAUAUGAAAUUUUCGAUUUCUAUUGUAGGUUAGUUUUUAGAAAUGUUUAAUGGAAUGAUUUGGUCUACGUUGUUAUCUCAUUCACCCAACUUUUUGUAUACUACAAUUUUAAUAAGACCCUCAAAUUAACAUCUUAA